AUGCAGCCCUUGACGGGGGAUGUGCCACCACAGACAAUUGGACGGGCGGUUGGCUCAGUUGCGUGGGUGGUAGAUCCGGACAACCAUGAAAGCCUCGUGCCGGUCGGAGCAGUUGGCGAGCUAAUAAUUGAGGGCCAUAUAUUAGCCCGUGGGUACCUCAAAGAUCCAGCCCGAACACAAGCAUCGUUCGUGGAUGAUCCACCUUGGUUGCUGCGGGGCAGCCAUGAGCAACCGGGCCGCCACGGUCGCCUGUAUAAGACGGGAGACCUUGUGCGUUACAACAUGGACGGUACGCUUGUCUAUCUUGGCCGCAAAGAUACUCAGGUCAAGAUCCGCGGGCAGCGGGUCGAGCUAGGUGAGGUGGAGCACCAGAUACAACGGCUCUUGAACACCUCCGAAUUGGAGUAUUCGGCGGUAAAGCAAGAAGAAGCUUCAGUUUCUGAGAUUCUCGUCGCUGCAGAGGUAAUCACGCCCAAGGGUAGUCGGCAACCUACGCUGGUGGGCUUUGUUUAUCCCGGAAAGAGUGCCUUCAAUAAAGGGGAUUCUCAAUCACAGAAGCGCUGCGCUGCAGCAGUGCAAAGCAUGGUGGCCGAUCUCAGCGAGAGACUUGCAAGUGUGCUGCCAUCUCACAUGGUCCCGAGCGCGUAUAUACCUCUGGAACACAUGCCAAUGAUGGCAACAGGGAAGACAGACCGCCGUCGUUUGCGUGAAAUUGCUUGCAGUUUUACUCGGCUAGAUUUGGCAUCACUGAGUAUGCCAAUUACACGGACCAAGCGGUUGCCGGAGACCGAUGCAGAACGCACAUUACAGCAAAUAUGGGCCCAGACUUUGAAUCUCAGCAGAGACUUCGGUAUAGAUGAGAGCUUUUUCAGUCUAGGUGGCGACUCCAUCUCUGCCAUGCAAGUAUCUGUCGCAGCACGCUGGUAUGACCUACUUUUUUCGGCCAACGACAUGAUAUUGAAUAACACUGUUUCGAAACUUGCCCAUGCGUUGCAAACUCCUACAUUGGAAAGGGGCGAUUCCCCGGCUGCUCGGGAGGCUGGUCCCAGUAACUUUGGCAGUGAUUUCUGUUUAUCGCCAAUUCAGCAAUUUCAUUUUCAAACUCGAUCUCCGGGGCCUGACCUUAUGGACGUUCCUUUUUACAUCCGCUUCACGAAGUCCGUUCCGACCCAGACAAUUAAAGAUACUCUUCAUGCAGUAGUUGAAAGACACCCCAUGUUGCGAGCACGUUUUCAUCACGACGUUACAGGCUCGUGGUCACAGUAUAUCUGCCAGAAAGCAGAAGACUCGCUUUUAUUUCAUCACUUCAUCGAGUCCAGCGAGUCCCAGAAAAUUGAAGCAAUAACUGGUUGUCGUGAAACGAUCGAUAUCGAGCAUGGGCCCUCUUUCGUGGCAAUUCUUUUCACAGACCUUGAUCAACAGACGCUCUUCCUUUCGGCUCAUCACCUAGUCAUCGACUUUGUAUCAUGGAGAGUUAUUUUUCAAGACAUGGAGGAUUUCAUCACUUUACGGGGCUUUGGCCUUUCCACGUCUUCUUCAUACCAGGAAUGGUGCAAUUUCCAGACGGAUUACGCCUCCACACACUUGGUACCGGAUAAUGCUCUUCAUUAUGAGCCAGACUACUCUGAUGUUACUUAUUGGGGCCUAGCGGACGAACCUGGCCCUGAGACUUAUACGCACAGGCGCUUUUCUCUCAACAAAUCUAUCAGCACAACUUUACUCACCUUUAAGAGCGAAACUGUUCAAUUUCGGCCCCACGAGCUUUUGAUGGCUGCGUUGGGCUUUUCGUUCAGACGGACUUUCCCAGAUCGAAACCUUCCGCCAAUUUUCACCGAAGGGCAUGGCCGUGACGCGUGGACCGAAUCUUUUGAUCUUUCUCAGACAGUAGGCUGGUUCACCACAAUGUUUCCAGUGCAGGUCGCUCCGGAGGAAGGCGAAGACUUUUUCGACUAUAUUCUUCAAACCAAAGAAUGUCUACAGAACAUCCCUCGUCGGGGUUGGUCCUAUUUUGCGUCGAAGUUUUUGAAUGAGAAAGGCCGACAGGCGUUUCAAAACGACCCCAUCGAGAUCAAUUUCAACUUUCUAGGGCAUUUUCAACAGCUCGAACGGCAGUCAUCCUUAAUGGAAGCGAUUUCUCUCCCUGCUGGUUGCAAACUAGAAACUAUGGGCCCAAUGAAGACCGUCGGGUUGUUUGAUGUCACCAUCAUUAUUGAUAGAGGAGAGAUUGAAGUAGAUUUCAAGUACAACACGCGCGCCAAACAUCAGGACAAAAUAGAAGCGUGGAUCGCCGCUUAUAAGACUGUAUUGCUGGAGUUUGUGAGCACGGUUAAUGACAUAAGACCCAGCUAG